CUGACGUUGGACUGAAUCGGCAUGUAAAAGACUGCAGCAUUAAAGGAAUCUCAAAAGCAAACUAGCGUUGUCAACAGCCGAAAUCGACGGAACGCCUCUAAGCAAAAUCAUCUGCGCCAGUGAAAAAUGGCUGUUAAAGGAGCUUCGGAGAACCCCGGAAAAAAAGUCUCACAAACACCCGCCCUUCUCGGGUGGGAAGGCCCACUAUUCCAAUUGUGCGGGCAACCUCGUCCAAUAGCUUUCCUCCUUGCGCUCCGUAGGCGGGACUACCCCGCCACCUUAAAACGUGGGGGGAAGUAAAGGGCUGUUUGAAAACAGUCGCGAGUGGAAAAAUCUGGUGCUGAUCUGCCGAGGAGAAAACUAGGCGAGAGAGUGAGAGUUUGUGGGCCAGAGUUUUAUGAUCAACAGCUUCUGGGUAAAAGCAAGAGGAGGAAAAGGGUGACUUUCUCACAUUUUCAUUCGUUAAGUAGCUGUUGGUUUAGGCUGCUAGGUCUUUGCCUCUCGUUGUCAUUUGCUACUGAAAAGAAACCAGAGAUGCAAAGCAAGCGGCGUGCGAGCUCGGUGCAAAAAUGUGAGCGGAAAUCCCCGUAUCUGAGCAAAAGGAGCUGUUCCUAAACGGCUUCUCGGCAAUCGAGUUCGGCUCCAUUUUUUAAAAAAGCGAAUUGAUAAUACAUUUUGGCUAUAACGGUUGGGAAAGGGAAAUAAUAAUUUUAUGAUUGCUGGCUUUUUUUUUGUUAGUGUUUCGUCAUACUGCACCCCGAUUUUAUGCAUGCCUUUUCGAAAAUAAGUUCCACUAUAUGCAAUGAACUUUUGCUCCAGACAAGGGUGUGUUUCCUUAGACUGCACUUUUUGCCGAUCCUGUGCAGUUCUGGGACAUAAAUUCCAUUGUGUUCAUAGAUUUUGCAAGCGAGAAAAUGGGCAUAAGACUGCAAUCUGUGGGCGGCAUGUAACCCGAACCUUUGCAUCUUUCCUCGGAAGGAAGCCCCUUUCGUACAAAGUGCAUAGAAUCGAAGGUGUUGUCAGCGGGGCUUUUCACCUGGGUCCUGUAGCAAGUCAUUUCGGAAAUUAGCCCAAUGGCGUCCAAGGGGGCAUGCUCCUAGGUAAGCGUGCAGUGGAAUGGUGUGCGCCUUGCUGCAGAUGCGCCCAGUUGCUUUAAGUAGGAUUGUGGUGGGGAAAAUGAAGUGCUGCUAUUAUAUGUCAAUGGUCUUUUAUUCGGUUUUUUGAAAGUCGCUGCUUUUGUGAUCUUUUCUGGCUACUACUUGGGCUUGUUUAGAUGCAUCUAGAAUUCCCACCUAGUUUAAUGGAGGCUUCGAUAAACUUAUGCAGGGUGCCUUCGCAUUCAUUUUCAGUGCUUCAGUUAGGGGCUAGUGGCAUUGUGAAGUGCGUGGCGACGACAUUGGGGUUUAGAUGGCAUAAUUUGCAGGUAAGUCGAGAGAACCAGUAAACUCCCUAACUUGGAGGUGGGACGCUGCGUAGCACAGUUGCAAUUGGCCAGUGCAACCUCUCUUCCAGAGACUUGCCAAUAGGUUUCGCUUAUCUUCAUUGCCUGAUUGGGAAGGAAUGUUUUCCCCAGGUCUGAUUGGCUAGCGACUUUGAUGGUGUUUUGCUUUCCCUGCAACACGUGGCUUGGCAUUUGGUUUGCUGGAGUCAUGUGGUGCAGUGCUAUUUGCCUAGUUGGAGUGUGAUAUUUCUAAGAUAUCCUUUAUUUAUGCUUGGGUCACUGUGGUUAGAUGGCUUUGGAUUUGAAGAAGGAAACUGACUAGAGAGUAGCUUUGGUUCUUUCAGACAGCAUGGUUUUGUGAUUCUUUGAGAAACAAUAAGCCAGGUUUCAGCCUCUCAUAAUUGCUCAGCUACUAAAUUACAAUUUAGACUCUUUACAGAGUUUUAUGCAACGCGUCAAAGGACACCUUGUGGGAACUAGGGCAGUGGAGUGUUUAGGGCAAUGUGGAGACAGGUAUUUGAAAAUAUGCUUCUCCUGGAUCAUGACAGCAAUAUUCUUGCCUCCUAAUUUUUCUUAAUGGUGAGACUUUAAUGAGUGAUACAAAUUUGUGCAUCAAUAGAAACUAUCAUUUUGCAGCAUUUCCCCCCUUUCUGAUUGCUCACUGCCACAGAAUCUAGUGAUGGCCACAGACUUGGAGAAUAAGGCUACCAGUGGCUAUUAUUGUAGGUGGUAGGCCAGUGAAUACCAGUUUCAGUGAAUCACCUGAGACCGUGUUCGUGCCCUGCUUGUGGACCCAGAAAGGCUGACCCAGAAAGGCUCUUCUUCUGCUUUUAGGAUAUAGUUCCAACCUCUGGUAUGGGUAAUGGAUUCUGCAAUACCCCUGGAUAAAAACAGGAAGGUGCAGCAGAGGCAGGGCAGUGUAUUUUAGUGCAAUCUCUCUCUCUCUUUUUUUUUUUUUAAUGCUAGCACAGUUUAAAAAGCUCAGCACCAGUGGUUUAACAUAUGCCAUGUAGCAAUUAUUUUCUAUAGCUAGAGGAUUUGUCUGCUUAAAUGAUUCCAGGGAAUGGCUGGAUGUGAAGAGGUGGUGGGAUGAUACUCUAUUUGUUGUUAGGAAGGAUACCAACUUUUGAUUUGUGGAGAUUCUGCCUGGCGGAAGCAAAUUCUGGCAUCGGUGGAUCUGCUUGCUAGGUAAAUGUUCACAUGGUAAAUUUCUGCCUGUCAUAUAGCUCUAAAGGCAAAAGAGGCCUGUGAGGUAAAACCUAGCAGUGCUUAGUUAUUGAAUGCUUAUAGGUUACAACUUGGGUGCUUGUGCUUCAAAAUAUUUCAAAGACAAAUCAGGAAGUGACUUGCGGAUCUCAAACUGUUGUCGGUGCGCAUUUAUAAUUAAGCCAUUAGAGUGGCGUCAUUACCUCUUUCCAAACUACAUCUGGGAAUCUGCAUAAACACAGUAAAUAUGUUACUCAUGUACUUAAGCAGAUUCCCAGAUGUUUACAUUACAGGUUAGGUAUGCGUUGCAUGUUGACAUACAAACAAUUACUGACUUGCGUUAAGAACCGGUAGUAACAAGACUAGCCUUUUAAUUCUUGUAUAGCUCUUAACUACUUAAAUAAGUUUAUAUUGAAGCUUGUGCUAUUACAGUUCAGAACCUUACAUUUAAACUGCCCUGUACUCAAGGGGGUGCAUCUAUAGACAGAUUGAUACAUUUACUUACAGAGGAGAAAUGCAGUCACAGAAUGGGACUACACCAUAUAUAAUCUUGUCCCUAAAAGAGCUCUGGGAUGUGGCAUCCUGGGAGAAUCAGUGAUGUAUAUCAGCUUGUCUUGCAAUGAAUAUCUAAGAGUAAUAAUAUUUCAUAACAACAUUAGCAUUAAGCCUUCUAAUUAAGUAUGGCUGUACAGCAUUCAGUGUUAUGCACAGUAUGUAAUUAAUAGGGAGGCUCUGAGUAUACUUUAAGAAAAUAAAUUAAGCUGUCUGUAAGGUCAAGAAAAGGUCUUUUUGAGAGGGUGGAGGUUGGUUAAUCAUAAGCUGUGUGCACAUAUCAAUCUUCAAACCGCUUAAGCCAGCCAUUUCAGAGACUCUGACUGCAUAGGAUUUAACUCGUUUACUUGCAAUUUUGUGACCUUUGCAUUUUUUAUGCAAGCUUAACAUAAAUAGGAUUUUGUAGGAUCAGUUUCAUUUCUUAGUACUGACUCUGAAGACUGCAGUAGUGAAUCAGUUGUUCGAAACUUCAAGAACAGGCAUCUUCCCAACCACAGCCUUGUGCUGGCUUAGUAAACUUCAAACAUCAAAGGGCCUUCAUGAUUUGCUUGGGGCAGGAACAGCAAGGAGAGGAAAAAGAGGCAAAAGGUUCUUGUUUCAGACAUCAGACAAUAGCAUGAAGAUUACAAAGGGCCAAAUACAGAAUGACCUUGACAGCUUGAGACACAUUAUCUAAGGCAAUGCCCUGUGUUCCUUGAUAGAACAAGUUCACUUGAUUUUACUAACUGCACAAUCCUGUGCAUUUUUAACAGUAUUUAUUAUUACAUUUGUAUCCCAUUUUUUCUCUAAGUUCCUCACACAGGAAACCUGUGAGGUAGGUUAGAAUGAAAAACAGUGACUGACCUAACGUCACCCAGCUGAGUGAGGAUUGGAACCCUGGUCUCCCAGGACCUAGUUUAAUACUCUAACCUUUACACCACCCUCACUCAGGAGUAAAGUAUCUCUCAUUAAGUGCAAUGAAAAUUACUUCCUAGUUAGUGAGCAGUGCAGCCUAAAAGUGUUUUGAAAUGUGUGGUAUAGGGUUGACAACCUUUUUCAGGCUGUCAUGGAGCUGACACAAAUGCUUUUUUAAAAAAUGCAGCAAUUGCAUUCUUUCUCAUCAUAGCAGCUCUUUACCGGUAAGUGCCACCUCCUUAAUUUCUUCUCAUGUGGUAGGUGUGAAAGGCUGAGCUCCUCCAACUUUAAGCAUAACAAUUUGCACCUUUACCUGUAAGCCCCAAUAAUGGGACUUCCUUGAAAGUAAACAUAUGGAAGCUCGAGGAUAAAAUUUAAUAAACAAAUCUCUAGGCCAUGCUCUUCUCUAUAACAUGAUAGCUUCUGGGAAGAACUGGAGUUUUAUUUGAUACAUGGCUGGGAGCCAAAGAAGCGAGAGCCCUCCAUCACACCUUUUUAUCAGCCCCAAGCAGAAAAUGUUGAGUGGGCAAAUCUCCAGGCUACAGUGAGGCAGCUCUAUGGCUUCCUCUGUCGCCCCUUGGCUAAAGAUACUUCCCCCACCCUCCCCCCACCUGGAUUUUCGAUGGUCUCACCCACUCGUCGCGUCACGUCACACGCCCUUUCCCGUCCCCUCCAUUUUGACACUUAUUUGUUUUCCAACUGGUUUUUUGUUUUGAACGCUCCCCUGUACCGCCCUCUCGGAGUCCCUUUUCCCAUUGGCUGUCGCGGGCCCCAGGGCGAGGCUGAGCCAAUCAGGAUCGGCCGCUCGUGGCCGUGUUGCUGGGCAGAACAAAAACAAACACCGUGUGGCGCAGCUCCGGGGCCGCCGCCUACGGUAAUGUCCCCACCCCCACCCCGGCCCCAUAAACGUGAGCACGGGAAUGGGGGGUCUCCCGUUAGGGCUGUGCCCUCCCACCUUUCGCGACGCCGAGCGGAGAGGGACGUACGUGUCUGCCGACUCCUCAGGAGGAGGAGGAAGGGGGCCCAUUUCCUCGCCUUUCCGCCUCCCUUACGCCCGUCAUUUGGCCGGUGUAUUGGCCGCCCUGCCCUACCUUAGCUCAUGAACUGGCCUCACACGACCGAUAACGCUCUCCGUAGACAGCGCUGGGCUAGAUGGACGAACAGCCUGGCUUGGCCUAGUGCCGCUUCCCGUGUAUUAAAAGGGAGGGGAGAGCUGCUGUUACGCUGAGUACAGGCCGUAUCAUUUAUUGGGGCUUCCCAUCGUUUUACCUCAGGAGUAUAUUCUUUCCCUCAGGAAGGGCUUUCUCCGUGAUGUGAAGACCGUGCUCAGGAAAAUCCUGCUGCUCUUUGAAAGCAUUUUUAUUUUUACAGUGGUGCCCCGCAAGACGAAUGCCUCGCAAGACGGAAAAACCGCUAGACGAAAGGGUUUUCCGUUUUGAAGUUGCUUCGCAGGACGAAUUCCCCUAUGGGCUUGCUCGCAAGACGAAAAUACCUUGCGAGUCUUGAGAUUUUUUUCGCUUUUCCCCCUUUAUCUAAUCUGCUAAGCCUUUAAUAGCCUUUAAUAGCCUUUUAGCAGCUAAUCCCCUAAGCCUUUAAGCCUUUAAUAGCCGCUAAACAGCUGAUAGCGCUAAUAGCGCUAAUCCGUCAAUGGGCUUGCUUCGCAAGACGAAAAAACCGCUAGACGAAGACUCUUGCGGAACGGAUUAAUUUCGUCUUGCGAGGCACCACUGUAUUUUGAGGCCGGGUGUUGAUUUCAAGGGUGGCAGUUGGAUUUCCACGCAAAAGGCAGUUUGCCUUCCACUGCUGGCCUCACCUCCUAAUGUGUAACUGCUGGGGAGCACUGGGGGGGGGGGGGCCCUAGCGGCUAUGCUCUUUGUGGAGCAAAAGUGAAACCCAGCGUAGACCUAAGUCAUUGAAUGUGCACCUUGUAACAUGCCCCAGAACUCUGCUGCACACAAGGGGUUUGUGGCAGGCAAAUCAAUGUCGAAAUGGUUAAUUGAUGUUUGAAAACACCAUUGUCCUGCCUUAUGCAUCAAAUGCCGAUUCACUUACCUGCCAGCUUGCAUCUCAGCAGGCUAGAUGGUUGAUCCUGCAUUUUAAUGCUUUUGGGGUCAGGAUGAAGUUGCACUAAUUUUUGUACAACACUCCUUCCACUGGAUUAUAUCAGUUUAUGUGCACUGAUUUCCCCCAACUUGUUCUUGGGACAACUGGAUAUCAGUAUAGAUAUUGUUAUAGUUCUAUGUAUUUCUCAAAAAGAUACCCCAUUACGCUUACUUUUGCUGCUAAAUGCUUAUCCUUCUGAAUCUGGUUAAGCAUCGGAAUAUCCCCUUCUGUGAAAUGCAAUAAUAAGGGACUCACUGGACUUGGAAGUUUAAUAUUACAGAAUCCAUAAUAUUUCAUUGCCAAAAUUGUCUUCUGAAGAAUGAGAGCAUUACCUCACUUUGUAGUUGUUUACUAUGCCACUUUGUCAGCAUUAUCUAAAGACACUUUUAUUAGGGUUCAUUAGUCAAGCUUUGGCAUUUGAAUUUAAGGCUUCAGCAUACCUUAGUCUACUUACAAUUUGAGUGACCACAAAAAGUAUAACAAUGUUAUGAGUGUCUAUUCUAUUUUAUUGGAAUGAUUAGUCCUUGAUGUGUACAAGUUUAAUGAAGUUCAAAUAAAUGAAGCCCCUGUAAACAAGUUGCUUUUCAGGAUACAAUGGUGUGAUUCAGACAUAACAGCAAACCAUAGCUUCCUGUUUUGAAAAUGAAUUAUAGCAAGCUUGAGGCCCACCACACUUCAUUCUCCCAUCCAGAAAAGGAGACAGAAAGAUUUUGCCUUUGAAUUUAAACUUACCACUAUUCCCUGUCUGUGGUCUGUUUAAAGUUAAAGUGAAAGAACAAGCUAUGAUUUGAAACCAUGUUUUUCUGGUUUGUUGUUACUAACUAUAGGGUAAAGAAACCAUAGCUCCUUAAAUUUGGAUGUCAGGGAACUGUGACUAGUUUUACACUGAAGUUCCUUCAGAGAGGAGAAAAUACAUAAACCUGAGGUAUGGUGCAGUUUAAUAUUGUAGUGGAAAACCAUUUCCCCAUUACAUCUGAACCAGGCCAGUUUUUUCACAUGGAAACAUCUUCAAUAAAGCAUUUAAUGAUUAACAAAAGACUUUUCACGACCAUAUUGACCCUCUUUACUUAAUUUGGAUUAUGUUUAUAUUAUUUGGUAAUCUGGAUUAAUUUAAUUUGGCAUUCAGGAUAAACAAAUUGAUUGGGUGAGUAGUCUGCUACCACAUACCCUUUCAGUACUUUAGAGCUACAAGACUAUUUUUGUUGUUGAGAAUAAUGAUUUAAUGUGUGUUGCCUGCCGUUCAGAAACGCCAUAGAGGAACUACAACAUUCUAAGUGCUGUAAGAUAAAAAAUGAAAUGCCUUCUAAACCACAGUUUCCUUUACCAUUUAAAGGUCUAGCAACAGAUGUUGCUUGAAAACUUUAAAAAGAUCAACUAACCAUACAACCACUUCCCUUUCUUAUUUUUAAAGUGUGUGUCAAACAAGUUGAACACAGGAAGUCAUCUGCAGGAGGCAGGUUUUCCAUAUUAUAGAUUUCAGGCCUUCAAAAAAUUAUGUACUUUUAGAGAACAUGCCAGCGGUUCAUUGCCAGAUGGAGUGUAUGUGUAAUAGCAAUCAUGAACUGCGUCUCAUCAGAUACUUCAUUAAUUUUGCUGUUCUUGUAGCCUCAGGCUCACAGUUGCCACAAAACCAGGAUGGUUUAGCAAGCAUGGCUUGCAGUAUGUGGCAGACCUGUAUUUGUGCAGUCUGACGACUUGUGGAUUUCCAGGCCAGUAGUUUCCAGGCAUGUAACAGAAGUGAGAAGAGUUUUCUUCUUAAUGAAUUUUGUUUUGUUCCUGUCCUACACAUCCCAUUUACCCUUGUGUUAGAGUUAAUUUGUUUAUGCUGCAGCACCACACCUCAUGGUGUGGGUAUGUAGUACUUUUACAACAUUUGUGUGUGGUUAUGCUGUUAAAUUAGAAGUUAAUUCUGUGGUUUUGAACUAGUGGGUUACUAUCUAGAACAAGGAUGCCCCCCAAGGAUUCAGCAUUGUCUCAUUCUGCUGUCCUAAGAGAUGUGUGGGGAGAGUUUUGGUUUGCUUGCCACUCCCUACCCAUGCUGUCACUUAGAAAUUAUUUUAAUUUCAUAAAGAGUUGUACAUUUGCAUAUCUGCAAGAUACUGAAGAUACAUAAUUCCAAUGUUAAAUUAUCAUACAUUUUUCUAUAUAAACAUUGUGCUUUUCCUUUGGAUUUGAAGGAGAGUUGAUGCAUGUAAUGGAAUACUCUACCAAGAGGACUGAAAUUAACCUUACAAGCUAAUAAAUCAACUCUCCAAUCUUCUGCCUUUUGAGAGAUCUGAGGAAACUCUUCUAUUGAAAGGAAAGUGCUUCAGAACAUUGCAAACUUCUGAAUGAUUGGCUAAGGUAAUGUUGAAAAACUCUUUGCUAUGAGGUAUGAUGUGAAAGACCUGAUGUCAUAAUCUCACCACUCAACAAUGCAUAGUGUUUGCUAGAUAAAAGGUGGGGGAAGGAGGAAAAAAAACUUGGGGCAGAUACUGCCUGGGAACACAAAUGAGACUGCUGAAUGUUUAAUGAAAGCUACACAGGUAAAAAUUGUGAUGCAAGAUAUAAGAUCUGUUAGGAUUAUCUGCAUGCUUUCCCUCUAGUGAAAGUGUUGUAGCUAUGCUAUCUAAAACAAAUGUGAUUAGAUUUGGAUGAUGCCAACUUAUUUGAGAGUACUACCAUGGGGUAAAACACUGGAUGAGCUGCAGGUUGGAGGUGAACAGAGAGCAACAGGAAUUCCCAGAAGGUGGUGAUCUGUUCUUAGAGUGAAAGAAUAAAUACAAAUAAAGUAUCUUUUUCGUUGUUUGAUCUGCAUGGUAUUUUGACAGGACUGAUAAAACAAUGGAACAAUUACCAAAAAACAGGUGCUAUCCCUACAAAAUACCUAAGCAGAACUGGUGCUAUAUAAAUAUUAAAACAUGGUAGUAAGACUUGCAGCCUAAAUAAUUUCUAUUUUGUUGAUGUACAUAGGUACAUAGAUACAUAGAUGCAAACACGCACACACUCACUAGAUAAAUAAAUAAAAAUGCUAGUCUUAAUUAAAUUUAUACCUCAGUCCUGAACUUGGAUGGCAAACAAGCAACUUUCUGUUGUUCCACUGCAAAGUGGAAAUAAUGAUUAUGGGUUGUUCGGAUAAAUGAAGUAAAAAAAAUAAAUUAUUAUGUAUUUAUAGUCUAUAAAAGCAUUUCAAGGCAGUAUAGGUAUGAGAAUAAAAUCAACAAAAAUAUGCAUAAAAACAAAUACUGAGUGGGUUAAAAAAGAAAAUUCAUAUUACAAAGGCCCAUCUAAAUAGUAUAGUUUUCCAAAAAAUGUCUGAUAGAAGGGAGGGAUGAUUCCUGCCAAACUUCUGCUUGUAGGAAUUUACAAAUCCUAAGCUUAAGAGAAGUCUUUGGAACAAGAGAAUAACUUGGCUGAUUCAGUUUCAAUAAUAAAAAUAAUAGAAAAUUUGCAUAAGGUUUAAUGUUUACAAAAUAUUGUGUGUUACAAUUUUAUCAAAGAAAGUACACUGUACAGCUACAGUUUCUAUAGUUCUAAUUGCACUAAAAGGUUCUAUUUUUGUGUUUAGGUCUGAAACAACAAUAUUAAACAAUUUUUUGCGUUUGGUUCAGUUACUGUAAAACAGCUAUGGAAAUAGGAAAUGAGCAGACAUACAACAUCAACUUGACAGGUAAGGAAUCAGCCCAAUUCAUUUGCGGUCUUUGAUGCUUGAAACGCUGCAAAAUGCAUUUCCAUUAUAGAAUGGAACACAUAAUUAAACAAAGUUUUUUAAAUUGAGAAAAUUGUUCCUAAUACCUGUACUUAUUUAAGCUCUGAGAUAUGCUACUGGGUUUGUUAAUGACUUUGUUGUUCUACUUUUACAGUAUCCCAUUCCAUAUGCUCUUGGAUUUGCAUGUUGCAUGGUUAUAAGAAGUUGAACUAGGUCUUUGUCGCUUAUUAUUUUCAAAAAUCCCCUUGAUUUUUUUUACUUUUGGAAAAUACAUAUUCCUGUGUAAAGAAACUACUGUACAAUAAUCAAGGCCCCCCAAAAAAUUCUAAUGUCUUUAUUAAAAAUAUAUAUUCCACCUUUCCAUAUUUGUAUAGUAAUUGUUCAAAUCACAGUGAAUAAACAAAACAAUUUAAAAAUCAAAGCUUUUGUAUAAAUCUCGCAUCUGUAUAGCACUGCAAGCACAAGAAACACAAAAAUACAUUUAAGACACAGACACCUGUAGGCUUGAUGAAAAAGACAUGUCAUAAGCUGUCCACUGUUAUACAUAUGAAUGUGGCUUACAAAUAUAAAAGUGGGGCUGUACUUCAGCCACAUCAUUAAACAAACCCUUCAUGAAUAUAAUUUGCAAUAGGUAAACUACAAUUUUGUUGCGAUAUAUCCCACUGUGACUAUAAUACCAUGUUAGCUUUUGUCAACUGAUUCUUCCUCCUCCACCAAAUGCCCCUGAAACAUUUCUUCUUGUUCUCACCCAAUAAUUAGUUUGUCACUUUUGCAGGAGAGCUGCAAGAACUAAAUCUGUCAAGGAUUGUUAAAAACUUUUUUUUAAUUUUUUUUAUUUUUUUGCAUGAUGCUUAGGAUGGCGUUGGAACUUUUACCAUGUUGGAAAUUUGUGUGAUUUUAAAAUUACUUGCCAAUAGCUAAACCUUCCUGUAUCUUUCUGUUUUUGAGAACUGGAUAAUCUGAGUGAUACUCCAUUUUCCGGUGAUGAAGAAAAUGGUGGAACUGAGGAAAUAAAACCUGAAAUCAAUGGUAACUGGAACGCUGUAACGUCUAUUAAUGAAGCUAAGAUCAAUGCCAGAGCAAAGAGGAGACUGAGAAAAAACUCUUCUAGAGACUCUGGAAGAGGAGAUUCAGUGAGUGAUAAUGGGGAAGCACUGAAGAAUGGAGUCAUAGUACCAACAAGUCCAAAGGGAAAGCAUCUGGAUAGGCGAUCUCGUUCUGGAAAGGGAAGGGGUCUACCCAAGAAAGGUUGGUGUGUUUUGAAUUCACAGCAAACAGAAAUAACCUAUUGAGAGUUUAUCUAGGUUUAGAUUGAUCUUCAUUUUGUACUUAUUCCUAAAUGUUUUGUUUUACAUUAAUUUGAUAGCAACAAGAAUAUAGACACAGUAGAGAUCUGCAUAGUUUAUAUCUGCAUGUAUAAUACUUUUCUAAUUUAGAACUCUGAAAUUUUAAGGUUCAUAAUUUUAAUAUGAACAUUGUUAAUUAAAUAAAACAAACACAAAUACUUGGAGACUUGAUAAUGACUGCUGCAGAUAGCUUAUGCUGUUCUAUUUAGCCUGAUUAAAAAUGAUUGCCUCCUGUCUUGUUCAUAUUAGGAAGAUAGUGAACAGUGUCAGCUUUGCUGUUCAGUUUCUGUGAGCCUUUCAUGUGAAUUUGAAAACUAGAUUUCUAUGAAAGGUUAGAGUGCAGUAAUAAGACAAAAAAUAACACUGACUUGUAGUCUGGUUCUCAUCUUUGCUGUUAAAAUUUUUCAGGUGGAUCAGGAGGCAAAGGUGUUUGGGGAAAACCUGGGCAAGUGUAUGAUUUGGAGGAAGUAGACAUUAAGGAUCCCAACUAUGAUGAUGCUCAGGUAAGGAAAAUGGUUAGUUUCCUCAUCUGAUGAGUGCCCCACCCCUGAACAGUUAUUUCAUCAAAAACUGAUGAUGUAAGUAGUCUGUGUUUUUCACUGACUCUUUCUAGUCUUGAUAAAAACAGAAAUUGGGCAUAAAGUCCAUCUCAACUCUAUUUAGCCACAGACAUUUAAUUCUGUGCUUAGUUAACAGCUCCUAGAGGAGGAGAAAACAGCAGUGGCCCAGUGAUAGAAUCAGCGACCGGGAAGGAGCAAAACAUAGGGGUUUAAAGCAGCAUUUGCUGUGCUGUUCUGCUCACCUGACAGAUAAAUUGUGAAGGUGGAAUUGAAGUGUGGCUGAAGAACACACUGUGAGCUGUUUUUCAUAUCAAUCUUCAGCUAUAGCUGCAUUUCUCCAUUUUUGGAUUAGUUCAACAGCUUACCUCUUCCUUCUUGGUGUUAUAGAGUAGUUGAAACUGAUGGCAGCAACUGAAGAGAACAAAGCCAUUACUCAUAGAAGCCUGACUGACAGUAUUAAAGGGAUUAUGAAUGGAAAGCCUGUGAAAAUUUAUGGGGAACUAUGUUCUAAAACUGAAUUGUUCUGAGCCUCCCCAAUAUAAAUUUUGUUUUAUUAAAUUUGUUGCAUCUUUGUUUAAAGCAGGAUAACUGUGUCUAUGAAACAGUAGUUCCACCUUUGGAAGAAAGAGCAUUUGAGAAAACGCUAACUCCAAUAAUCCAGGAAUAUUUUGAACAUGGGGAUACUAAUGAAGUUGCGGUAUGUCUCAUGGCUUAUAUUUUGGAAAUUACAAGCAGUGAUUAAUGAGAUUUAAAAUAGUUCUUUCAAGAGUGGGGUACUUAGGUCCUUAACCAUGAACCAUAAAAUCCUUCUGGACCGUCUUGAGGGGCUGGGAGCUGGGGGCACUGUCAUACAGUGGUUCCGCUCCUUUCUCCUGGGCCGUGUUCAGAAAGUGGUGGUGGGGGAUGAGUGUUCAGACCGCUGAGCCCUCACUUGUGGGGUGCCUCAGGGUUCUGUCCUCUCCCCCAUGCUUUUCAACAUCUACAUGCAGCCGCUGGGAGAGAUCAUCAGGGGGUUUGGGCUGGGUGUUCAUCAGUAUGCGGAUGAUACCCAGCUCUACCUCUCUUUCAAAUCAGAACCAGUGAAGGUGGUGAAGGUCCUGUGUGAGUGCCUGGAGGUGGUUGGAGGUUGGAUGGCGGCUAACAGAUUGAGGUUGAAUCCUGACAAGACAGAAGUACUGUUCUUGGGGGACAGGAGGCGGGCAGGUGUGGAGGAUUCCCUGGUCCUGAAUGGGGUAACUGUGCCCUGAAGGACCAGGUGCGCAGCCUGGGAGUCAUUUUGGACUCACAGCUGUCCAUGGAGGCACAGGUCAAAUCUGUGUCCAGGGCAGCUGUUUACCAGCUCCAUCUGGUACGCAGGCUGAGACCCUAUCUGCCUGCAGACUGCCUCGCCAGAGUGGUGCAUGCUCUGGUUAUCUCCAGCUUGGACUACUGCAAUGCGCUCUACAUGGGGCUACCUUUGAAGGUGACUCGGAAACUACAACUAAUCCAGAACACGGCAGCUAGACUGGUGACUGGGAGCGGCCGCCGAGACCACAUAACACCGGUCUUAAAAGACCUACAUUGGCUCCCAGUACGUUUCCGAGCACAAUUCAAAGUAUUGGUGCUGACCUUUAAAGCCCUAAACGGCCUCGGCCCAGUAUACCUGAAGGAGCGUCUCCACCCCCAUCGUUCUACCCGGACACUAAGAGAAGCCAAGUUACAGGGAACCAGGCAGAGGGCCUUCUCUGUAGUGGCGCCCUCCCUGUGAAACGCCCUCCCACCAGAUGUCAAAGAGAACAACAACUACCAGACUUUUAGAAGACAUCUGAAGGCAGCCCUGUUCAGGGAAGCUUUUAAUGUUUGAUGUAUUAGAGUAUUUUAAUAUUUUUUUUGGAAGCCGCCCAGAGUGGCUGGGGAAGCCCGGCCAGAUGGGCAGGGUACAAAUAAAUAAUAAUAAUAAUAAUUAUGAUGAUGAUGAUGAUGAUGUUACUUUUACAAUUUCUGUCUUUUAUAAUAAUUAGUGGCAUAAACACAGACUUUUAUUAGAUUAUGAAAUGUGUGUCUGUUGGUUGCAGAUUAGUUUGAUGGCAUCUAGUAAUAAUUUUUAUUUAUUAUUAUCACUGAUUCAUUAAUUGCCUUCUAAACAACAGUCUCAAGGCACCUUACACAUCGGAUAAAAACACAAAAGCAAGCCAGUGUAUUUAAAACAAGACUAAAACCCUAAGAAAGUUGACACUCAUGGUAAAGACUGGUAAAUUUUAUAGGUAGAAAUGGUACCUUUCUUUAAAAUCCAUAUAUUUAGAUUGAACUCCUCUCUCCUGCUACUUCCACAAAAAUAUAGUAAGAAUUAAAAUUGUUCCUGAGUGAUUCCCAAAUAAGUCAUUUUCACAGUAGUUCCAUUGAACUCAAUUGAUUUAAGUAACUUUCGUCCAUUGAGUUCAGUGGGUCUCCUCUGACAUACAGUAAUUGGACAAUUGUCCCUUAUGUCAAAGGAGUUUACUUAACUUGCAAACACAUUAGUUAGAGAAUUUCUCUUACUAUACUGGUUCCAUAAGAGAGACAUUCUUCCUUGCUUGUUUUUUUCCUCUCAUCUCUACUAUAAAACUCAUGUGCACUUGAACUAAAAUAAAAUGACUGCUUAUUUUACUUUCCACAUAUUUAGGAGAUGCUGAAAGACCUCAAUCUUGGUGAAAUGAAAUACAGUGUACCAGUGUUGGCUGUAUCAUUGGCUCUGGAGGGAAAGGCCAGUCACAGAGAAAUGACAUCUAAACUUCUUGCUGACCUGUGUGGGACAGUAGUUGGCAAACAAGACGUUGAAAAAUCAUUUGAUAGGCUUCUCAGAGAGAUGCCAGAAUUGGUAUUGGACACUCCCAGAGCACCACAGGUUUGUUUAAAAUACCUAUUAUCAGUGCUAUUUUUCUAGAAAAAGAGGUGCCAGAACUCACCAUGAACGUCUCCCUUGUUCUCUUAUAAUGGCAAUGACAUCCACUUGAGAGGUGACAGAACUGAGUUGCUGUGAGUUCUGGUUGAAAAAAGCCUUGCCUAUUACUAAUUAUAAUUUGUUUCUGUGGUAACAUCUGUUGCUCACAUUUAUUAAAGUACUUUUAUGGCAUAAAGGUACACAAUAAAAUCUUUAUCUAAAGUUUUGAUACCCCUAAUGGCUAAAUCAUUAGAAUUUAUAUGCAAAUUCCAUCACAGCACAAUGUACCUUAACUUUCUGUGUCCUAGAACUCCUUGUCUUCCCUGCUACCACCCAAUGUAUUGUAUUAUCUUUUAUGUAUUGUGUCAAUAUAUUCCUAUUUACAGUGGUACCUCGCAAGACGAAUGCCUCGCAAGGCAAAAAACUCGCAAGACAAAAGGGUUUUUGGUUUUUUGAGUUGCUUCGCAAGACGAUUUUCCCUAUGGGCUUGCUUCGCAAGACGGAAACGUCUUGCAAGUUUGUUUCCUUUUUCUUAACACCGUUAAUACAGUUGCGACUUGACUUCGAGGAGCAACUCAUAGAAGACAGUGUGGUAGCCUUUUUUGAGGUUUUUAAAGACUUUGGUGAUUUUUGAAGCUUUUCCUAAACUUUCCCGACACCGUGCUUCGCAAGACGAAAAAAAUCGCAAGACGACAAAACUCGCGGAACGAAUUAAUUUCGUCUUGCGAGGCACCACUGUAUUACAUUUGUAGCUGCAUGUAAUUGGCUCAUCUGUUUAUGUAAAAUUAAGAAAUGUAGGCAGCUGAGGUAGCAGCACUGCCUGUACUGCUGCUUGAACCAGCCCGAGAAGGAAACAGCAGGGGUGCUUGGGUAUGGCUUCCUUCUCCCAUUUUGGGGGUGUACUACUGCUUCGUGUGACAUUGUGACUGAUCAAAGAAACCCUGUCUAUCUCAAAUUUAAUCUGUAAGACAUAUUUCUUUUUCAUGGCAGUUGGUGGGUCAAUUUAUUGCAAGAGCAGUCGGAGAUGGGAUUCUUUGCAAUAGUUACAUAGAUGGUUACAAAGGCACUGUGGACUGUGUCCAGGCUCGGUAAGUGCAUUGCCCUUCAUAGCUGGGGUUCGCAAUUAAAGGUGAUAAUCCAGUAAAAAAUUUGUAUUUGCCAGGUUAAAGAAGGCUUACCUAUUAUUUUUUAAGAAAUAAAAACAUCAAAGAUUGGGGUUUAUACUCUUUCUUGAAAAGUUAUGAAGAUAUAAUGUUUCUGCUGCCUCCUUCCAUUGCAUAGCUUGUGGAAUAUUUAAUACCUAAAGGCAGUGAAUGGCUAAAAGUACAGAAUUCAGAGAAAAGCUUUAGACAAAUAAUGGAAAUUUAAGGAAUAAUCAGCAGCUGCUAAGUUUGGAUGUUUAGGGCAUCAGUUCUAAAAGUGUUAGAAUAUUGAGGUGCUAGAGCCUUAGAUAGAAGAAACAGAAGCAAUUAUCUCAAACAUCUGGGUAUGAUGGAUAUAGGGUACUCUAUGUCAUGGACUAUAUUUUUAAAGAAAAUUCACCAAGGAAGCAUCAUGCAGGUAGUGUCCUUUCAAUCAAGAAACAUGUAUCAUAUCUUAAAUAGUAGCUAAUAAUAGUUCCCUGCUGCAGGAUUAUUUUGGGAAAUAAACUAAUGUGACUGUUAUAUUCACUGUGUAAAACUUUGAAAAAUAAUUUGAAUUGGAUUGAUGAUUUGUAGUGAACAAGCUACAGCUUUUUGACCUAAGUUAAUGCUGAACACAAGUUACCGGACCCCAUAAAUAUUAGGUCACUUUGUUACAAUAGCAGUCUUGGUGUAUAAAUCUUGCAUCUCAUUGUUAAUGCAGAUUUCUACAGUGUAGUUUAAAGGCUUAAUGGUGAAUGUAAAGAUUCUUAAAUAUGUUUGUUUUUAUUUGCAACUCUCCUUUCUCUUCACAGGGCUGCUCUGGAUCGAGCUACUGUAUUGCUGAGUAUGACCAAAGGUGGAAAACGCAUUGACAAUGUGUGGGGAUCAGGAGGCGGGCAGCAGUCUGUAAAACAUCUUGUUAAAGAGGUAGGUAAUUAAGUUCAGCUGUUCAUUAGUGGUUAACUUUUAUAUCCAGUUAACAGGACUGGUUCAGUGUUACAAGGGGCCCCUUGACAACAUGUUUUUGGUCUUCCCACUCUCCUCCUGCACCUCCAAGCAGGCCUUAAUGUUUCUUGCUGCACCAUAUAAAGCGAACAAGGCAGAGGUGGGAGCAACUGCUGCCCAGUGCCUUUGCCACGUCGUCUCAACUUGCUCACAAGCUGUCUUUCAGUGGUAUUCUACUACCACUGGCUGUUCUUCUUGCAUACUUUCUGAGUGGCCCCAUUGAGUGGUAUCCUCUGUUCUGCCACAAAAAGUGAGAGUGCAAGUAGGAAGAGACGUAGGGUAAACUACUGGACAAAGCAACUGAUGCCUCUUUGUUUUUUCCUCUAGUAAUUUACUAAUGCAUUGUAUAUUAUUAAAUUCAUGAUUAUUUAUUCAUGAUUACAUAUGUACUGAACAAUAUUUCAUUUCCAUUUCAUUUAUAUCUCAUUUACAAUAAUUAAUACAUAAUUUAUCUUUUGGGAUCUUGCCUGCAUUAUAUAAUGAAUUCAUAUAUUUUCUGUAUUUAUCAAAAAAGCAUUGACCACUGUGCCAUAGAGGGUGCUCAUCAGUAAACAUUUAAUUUAGAAAUUGAAAUACAUUGUAGAUUUCAGAAUUGUAAGCUUUUUAACAUCUGGUCUUAUACAUUUUUGUAUUUUUAAUCUACUAGAUUGAUAUGCUGUUGAAAGAAUACCUUCUUUCAGGAGAUGUUUCUGAAGCAGAACGUUGUCUCCAGGAGUUAGAAGUACCACAUUUUCACCAUGAACUUGUAUAUGAAGUAAGGCAGGAUUGAAACAUUAUUAUUUUUUUACAACAUAGUAUUAUAACUGUCUUUGUAAGUUUAGUUCUGAAGUUACAAACUUUAACAAGCAUAAUGAUUUUUAUGUUGAAGGAGCUUUAUUGAGAGUUUCUCUUUGGUGGUACUAUUUUACACUUGCUUGUAAGCUGAGAAAGAUGCUUCCUACAGUAGCCUGCAUAACCUGUACCUUUUAUACUAGUUUAUUUCCCUAAUAAAAUGCCUGGUAAAUAAAAAGACUGAAGUUCCUUCUUAAGUAAUUCAUUGACUACCUCUUACUUCAUUUUCAAUGAAGGGAAUAUCAAUACUGCAUAUUAUUGUUCAUUUCAAAAGAGAAUGUUUUCAUAUCACCUUUAGCUUCCUUUUAUACUUUUUACUGGCUUCAAAAGCAUGUUCUCUAUUACACUUUGUGGGAUUACCAAAAAUGGACCUGAACAGCAAAGUAUAGGAAUGCAUAGUAUCAAAUUCCUUGAAAUCUCUAGAUGCCUUUCACACUAUUGAUUAUGAGAGAUUUUCUCUUCUCAAGCUUGUUUUUGUCCUUUCCAUAAUAUCCUUUUCCCUCUGCAGUAUAGUUAUGUUUGUUACUUGCUUAAAAUAUGUACUUUCCCACCAUUUCUACCUGAACAUUCAGUUCAUUUGAUUUUACAUUUUAGGCAGUUGUGAUGGUUUUGGAAUCAACUGGAGAAACAAACUUUCAAAUGAUGCUUAAUUUGUUGAAAUCCCUCUGGAGGUCUGCUGUCAUUACUAUGGACCAAAUGAAAAGAGUAAGUGUGCCUAACAGAUUUCCAAGCAUUUCCUGUUAAAUAGCCUUAUAGCUGAGAAGAUUGGGUUGCAUUUAUUUUUGUUUAUUAACAUUAAAUGAACAGCCCUAGAAUUAGAUCAGGGAACACAAAUUCUGACUUCGUUACAGAAUUUGAGGGUUUUCAACGAUAUUUUUAAAAAGAAAAUCUAGGAAGAAUGUAGAAAUCUGUCUUGUACAAAGUCAGAUUGGUAGUCUGUUAAGUUUAGUAAUGGUGGCUCUAUUGUCACCUGCUACCUAAUAUUCAGGGGCAGAUCUACUAGAAGACACUUUAGUCAACAUUGCUUUACAUUUUUGGGUUUUGUAGACCGAAUUUGAGUCACACAACUCAAAUCAUUCUAUGAUGCAUCAUGCAUGUAUAUAACAUUUCCCUAAUUUUCAUCUCCCAUAACUUGAAAACUAUAAGGCAUAGGAAUUUUUUUAUUCACACCAGUGACUUUGACAUGUGAGAUAAUCCAGUACAGCAAUUUUAUUCAAAAUGUGAGAUGUAGUAGUUAUGAUGAUGGUGAUGAAUUGUCACGGAACAACCCAAUUGAAGAAGGCAACAGUGGUUACCCAGACUUCAUUGCUGGUUGCGUAAGGGCCCCCAUCACAGUUUAAGCUCCAGGGCCCCAAAAAUGUAGGUCUGCUGCUGCUAAUAUUUUAACUGUAGAUAUUGGGGACUAAAUUAGUAUGAAGUCUGGCAACAGAUAUAAAAGAUAUAUAAUUAGAUAUAUUGAAGUGAAAGUUAAAGGUAACAUACCCAUUUAGAUAGAAACAUUUUACUUAAAGUUUACUUAAUUCAUACUGAAAAUUCCUGAGAUAAUGAAUUUUAUUCUAAUUUUGAUGUUGCAGGGCUAUGAACGAAUUUACCGUGAAAUCCCGGAUAUUAAUCUUGAUGUGCCACAUUCAUACUCUGUGCUUGAGCGGUUUGUAGAGGAAUGCUUUAGAGCAGGAAUAAUUUCCAAACCAAUGAGAGACCUCUGUCCUUCCAGGUACAUACUUAAGGAUCACUGUGUCAGAGAGGUAGCUGUGCAGCAAAUUAAGUCCAAGGGGUGCAAAACCUAGCUAGUUUGUCAACCGAAUUUAAUCAAGUCAGAUUGGCAACUUAUUUUUUUUCCCUUGCAUGGUAGUACAGGCUGUCUUAGGACUGGUGCUGGCUAAAGGGGUAGAAUAGCUUGGAAUCUCUGAUCCAAACUUCCCUUCUAAAUCCGAGCAUGUGGUUUGAAGGCCCAAGAGGCCAGUCACCUUGUUGAAGUGAAUUAGGUGUGGUUCUAGUCAGUUCCUGAAUGGGUGACCACCUGGAAACUACGUGUUUGCCACAUUGGGUUCUACAACUGAAGAAAAACAGCAUAUAAAUAUGAGAGUAAGACUAUAUGGAUAUUUCACUUGUGUCUUCCUGUUGCUACAUUGUGCUUUCUCAGAUAUUGCCAAUCUUCUUCUGUGCUGUAGCUGCUUUUAAUUUCUUUCCACUUCUGCUAGGAUGAUUGGGGUCAGAGGAAACUGGUUAUUAUUUAUAAAUUUAUUUAUUUAUAAAUUAUUUAUAUUAUUUAUAAAUUUUCGUAACUUAUUAUAACCCUGUUGAAGAAUUCUUAGAUUCCUGCAGAAUAAAUGAUUUUGAAGCAUAACCCUCGCCAAAACUAGGAUAUUAACUGAGCCGAUUCUGGAAUCUCAAUCUCUUCUUAAAUGUCAGAUACGGUUCUCCUUUGUAGAUUCCUGGCUUUGGGUCUUGCACUUUAAUGCUCCAAACUUUCCUCCCCUGCCCCCAUCAGAGUUCGAAUAGAACAGAGCAAAUGCAAGUAUCUAUAAUUUGCAUACAUAUAACUAACCACACUGCUUUGAGGGUGAUUUCCAAUUUUUUAUUGCAAAUUAACUUUCUGCCCUCCUCUUCAUAUGGCCAAGUUUAAGGGAUAUACUGAAAGCUAAUUGUAUAUUUAAUUUUAGGGGAAGGAAGCGCUUUGUAAGUGAAGGAGAUGGAGGCCGCCUGAAAGCUGAAAGCUACUGAAUGAACAAACUCUUGCAGCUGUAGAUGUUUAAGGGAAUAUAUAUGUAUAUAUUCUAUAGUAAGAGUUGCUUAGCACAGUUCAUUUAUUUUUUAAGAGAUGCACUUGUUUUGGGGAACAAAUACCUUCUGACGGUUUUAUAAACUUGUGUUCACAAGGGAAAUUCUUCAGUUUUCUUUUCUCUGGAGCUAUAGUUGGGACAGAACAAGUAACAACCUUUCUGUGGAGGUUUGCUAAAAUAAGCUACUAUUUUGGAAGUGCCAUAUGUUUGACCUAAUCAUUCCAUGUUUUGCAUUGAUGCCUGCCUGCCACUCCUUUGUUUUAAUGACAGUGCUUUUAUAGUGAAAUCACUGGUUUAUACAAAGCUUUAUAGAAUGGGUCAUUAAGCUGCUGGAACCCUAUUUUGGCUGCUGCUGGGAGAAAAAAGUUUUUUUCUUUGUUUUAAAGAAUCUAAGAAUUUAGUUUGAUCAUAAGAUGUAUUCAUCUUUUUCCAGGGGAACAAUUGAUUUGCUCUUAAAUUAAUUCAGCAAAUGGUGGCUGGAACAUCUAUUUUUUCUACAAUACUGGAAAAACGAACAGUUCUGAUAGAAUGUAUUGCAAAAUAAACUUUUGUGAAGCAGAUUUUUGCCAUGUUUUCUUAAACAAUUCUAGAAGUACAUAAUCGUUUACUCUUAACUAUAUCUAUGGUUCAUCUCCUAAUCUACUCCUAGAGGAGCUCUACCUGUGGCCCUUUGUGUUAUCUGCUUAAAGUGCACUUUAGUUUGUUUUAUU